AUGAUAUGCGGGACAUGUAAGGCACGAGUGUAUAGGAGUCUUCCAAUAUUUCACCAGACACCUGUAAAUACUAAUGAUGACGAGUACAUUUCUCAGCCGCCAAAGAAAAAGACACUGUCGAGUCCUAAAACUAUUAAUUUGAACCUUCCCGCAACAUCAAAAUCUCAUAAAUCAUGUAUUGUAUGUCAUAAAGAUGCAAACCAAAGAAACCAUUUAACCAACAUCCCACAACAAGGAUCUACUCAGGCCUUCAUAGUAUGUGGUAUAUUCAUACACCCCCAUAGUAGAUGUUGUGAGAGCCAUAUUGAGAACAAUUAUCUGAAUGAAAAUGCGUUGGCAUUACUUGGAACCAAGAAAUCAAAUGACUGGUUUUCAAGAAGUGAUAUUACAGGUCUUCUCUCCGGAGUUCGAAGGAUGCUGUCUACACAUUCUGGACAUUUGAAUUUCGAUGUGCCAUCAUUUUUAACCAAUGAAGAUUAUGUAACAUUGAUAGGAUUUACCAAACAGCAGUUUGACGAAAUUGUCACUCAUUUGACAUCACUUAAUAAUUCAGCAGCUAGGUCAAUCCGGACAUGUCUAGCUGUGUUUCUCUUCAAAUUACGUAGUGGAUUGUCCAACAAGUUAAUUGGUGUGUUAUUUCAUUUAACAUAUUCACAAAUCCAGCGUAUAGUGAACAGCACAAGGAAUGCCUUAGUGGAAGAUUUUGUACCAGAUAACCUUGGAUUUCAACACAUAUCUCAUGGAGACUUUGUUCAAAACCACACUACAAACAUAGCAAAAUCAUUGUUCCAACCAGGCGAAAACGAGGCUAUUGUUGUUGCUGAUGGCACCUAUGUUUACAUCCAGAAGAGUGCAGACUACAAAUUCCAAAGGAGGUCCUAUUCUAUGCACAAGAACAGACCACUCGUUAAACCAAUGAUGCUUGUAGGAACGGAUGGCUACAUUCUGGAUGUGCUCGGACCUUACCUGGCUGAUGGCUCAAACAACGAUGCCUCCAAACAUGCUUAA